CCGCGUCCUUUUUGUGCUGUGACUUGACCACCUCCCGCAUAAUUGUAGCAGCUGGAUGAGAUGAGUUAUGGUGACUACAUUCCAAUGUACGUACCCUUUGGUUCCAUGUUUUGGCCUCUUGGAUGACUUCUGCAGAGGCCUGGUAUUAAAAGGUUCAACAGGCAUUCCCAUGUGUCUGUUCGCCCUACGCCGAGUAUGAGCACAUUUUUGCGACAGCGUUCCCUCAUUACUGCGUUGAAAUACAUUAUCCCUUGCACCUUCCUCCUUAUCGUCUACUGGUUUUACCGCAACGAACUCCACGUUGAAAUCAAAGCAUAUUCUCGAGAUUGGGUUCAUCAGGAGAUAGAACCUGUCAAACCACUAUCAGGAUGUUUCGAUGCCGACCGCGUUAGCCCAAAGUACAACGCUACAGAUGCGCUUUAUGGACCUCGUUACAACGAAGUUCAGAGUGGAAUGUCCUUGACAUUUGGGUUGGACUGUUAUGAUUUAGCUGGUACCAUACGAAGCCCUCCAACAUCGCCACACAAAGACGAGCGUAUACCCGGGGCUGAACGAGUUCAAUACCACACUUAUUGGCGAGCUGACCUUGCACCGUUCGGUCCAAGACAGGAAUGGAUGAUAAAAUCCUUUUUCGCCACUCAGAACGUUCACACAAGUCGUCUUAUCCUCUGGUCGAAUGGUGACCUUAGCAGAAACGAAAUUCUCAGCAAGUACCUCAGAAGGUUCCCGCUUGCCUUCGCGCUCAAACUAGUGGACAUUCCUGACCUAGCUGUGGGCACAGUCUUGGAAGGAAGCCAUCUGUUAAAGAGUACAGAUAAGAAAGCCUGGGUUGAUGGUGAUUUGAUUCGGUUGCUGUUACUGUGGAAUUUUGGAGGUGUCUGGGUCGAUAUGGAUUCCCUCUUGACGAGGGACCUGGAACCGUUGUUGGAGCAUGAGUUUGUAACGCAGUGGGAUUGUUAUGACAAAAAAUACUCACCCUUGAAUGGAGCCCUCAUGCGCUUUCGUCAACAUUCGGCAUAUCUUUGCGAAGCCUUCCACAUCAUGGUCACCGACACACCUCCUCGCCCUGGAUCGACGGACUGGGGCUCCAUUCUCUACCUCAAACUCUACCGUCGCCUCGUGGCAUCAUCCGUCCCGCCAUACAGAAUUCUACCUUUUUGUUUCACGGAUGGCCGCUCAUGCAGAUUGGACAACCGACUUCCGGAUCCUUUCCUACCGGAUGAUCCGAAGGGCAAAUGGACCUGGGGACUGGGAAUGGAGGAAGGUGGUGCUUUGGAUAAGGUGCUGGGCAAUGUUUUUGGCGUUCAUCUCCAUAAUCAGUGGCAUAAGGAGUUCCCACAGGGUGGAUGGGUGGAGAGAUUGUUGCUGCGCAAGUAUGAGAAGAAGCUGUUAGGUCGGGAGAGCAACGAUCACGAGCUUUGAGUACUAUUCUACGUCGUCCAUUUAACCACAACUUCUCUAUACCACAGCCCUGGAGCGUACCCCGUUGGACGAUUCAUGUCUGAGGUCUGGUCCCAAAAAAAAACCCCUACAACAAUCGAGGUCGGGUCGGGCAUGUUGCAAACUACAUACGAUAUGAUAAUUCGGCAACAUGUUCUUUCAUGUAAAGCGAAAGUAGAUACAAAAAUACAUGGACGCCCCGACAUGGUCAAAUUGAC